AGGGGCGCAUGCCGAUCUCUUCAUUCUCUCGUAGAUGUUCCUAGAGUGGUGACGUGUGCAGGCAAGGCAGGUCGUUGAGGUAGAUAAGGUGGACAAUUCACCUGCUUCGUUCCUUCGAUUACGGAUUCCUAUUGCAAGAAACAAAUCGAAUUGAAGUUUUACAUGGUUCGUCCUUUGUGACCACAAGCCUAAACUGAGCGCCAGUUUUGCCAUCUUCAGCUGUUGUAAGGAAUUACGGAGGAUUUCUACUUGAAAAAGUGUACGGUCAUUUGGCACUUCUUUGUUGAUCCAAGUUAUUUUUACCGGGACGCAAUUAGGAUAUGCGGAUGGAAACGAUGGACAAUGUCGGCUGUGAUUGGCUACUCAACGACCUAGAACCUCCCCCAGAUGCCAUUUUGCGAAUCCCACCACCUCCGCUUCCACAUUUCAUUGACAGAGCUUAUCUUCAAGAGAUGGCUUUAGCCGCGGCCGGUGAUGUCAACCGAGAGAAUGAUACGGUGUUAACAGCUCCGUGUCAUUGGUGUCAUUGGGCGCGACGGUUUGACCUGGUCGGCACAGUUAGCGUAACAUCGGGAACAGAAAUGGCCCUUGAAGAUACAUGGUUUUUCGUCAUUUUAGCAUCGUGCUUGAUGCUUACGCUUGGAGCGUUCCUUUCGGCUUUAAUCUACUUGAGACUAAAUGGGAAAAUGUUGAAAGGUGCUUGGGAUUUUGGAAGCUUUUUGACGGAGAACGGCUCCAUCCUGAUUGGCGGCAACGAUAGUGGUGUGUCCCACAUCGGAAGCGAACGCCACCACAGUACUGGGGCGAUGAUGCCAGUAAGAACAGUCGCCGGCCACCAGACAGAUAAUAGCAAACUGGAUUGCCAGGCAAUCGGUUCCUCUGGCGAUAGGGAAGAAGACUUCCGCCGCAACUGCAGCAGAGGUUCGGUUGCGCCUGUUACUCAGCGACCCGUCGCAACACCUUCGUCCUUUCCACCUUUGACACGGGCUUUGUGGGCUGGUGUCAAAACCUGCGAGGGCAAUCAUUAUAUUAUAACGCACGCGCAACCUUUCGACCAAAAGCAGCAACGUUCGUCGCUCCCUCUGACGUCUGGCCGUGAUCUAGAACAGCCAGACGAAGAUUCCGCUGGUUAUACCACUCUUCACCUCGGUGCCACCACAUCUUCAAUGGCUGUUUCCAAUACUGCAAAUCAAAUGUAUUACUGUUGCACAGACUUGAUGAUGAUGAAGCAAACGCCCACAUCCAGCGGAAUGCAGCAAGUUACUUCCCUAGACGAUUCUGCCAAUGAACUUUGCUGCGACGGCUCGCAGAAUCCGCUUUAUGUUAAUAUGUCUCCGUUGCAUCCUCUAUCCAGCCCAAAAAUGAAUUAUCCCCUUAUGAACCCUAUUUAUCCAUCUCCGUGCCGAUCGCAACACACAUCAACUCAUGUAAGUAAACCAUUAGUUGAGGAGAACACCACAAGAAAUAACCACUUGACACAUCAAACAAACGCUACUUCAAGUUGUUCCGUCAAUGUCACAAGCCAAUGUUCUCAGUCGUAAGUGUGGCUGUUGUAUUAAAUUAACGCGUAUCCACAAAGCGCGUUAUGUUUGUUGCGUGCAUUUCUCAUGUUGUUGCGUGGUCCUGUACAUACACCUGUUUUGAACACAAACCCAUA